AUGGAUCAGCAACGUUGGAAUGCUGCUAUUGACCAUUUCUUAACAGAAAAACAUCAAAAACGAUCCGCUGGAAACAAAGAAUGCCGGAAGAAGCAAAAUUUGAAUAGACUUGAAGUAUUUCAUCGUGCAUAUGUAAAUAAAAUAGGGGAAUUUGUUGAUCCAUUGGUUGAAGAGCAAUAUAAUGCCUUAGUUGCUGAGGUUUCUCUACAGACUCAUCACAUAGCCGACUCUGGUGGUGAUCCAGACACCAUUGAUUGGAUCACAAUAUUUGAGAAGGUGUUGCGCACUCGAUGGGGGCAUGAUGUUGAUGUGAAUGCUUUUCCUCAAAACCCGACAUUUGUGACAGCCAUUGAAGACAUUAUUCGCUCGUUUAAAAACCAAGUCAACGAGGAAAACAAUGAUGGGGAGGACGGUGGGGAAAACGAAAAUAACUAG